AUGACUGUGGUCAAGCGACAAUCACAAUCUCCAUCGGGAGUGUCCAGUGAAGUGGAAGUCCUGAAGGCUCUGAAAUCAUUAUUUGAACAUCAUAAAGCUUUGGAUGAAAAGGUUCGAGAACGACUUCGAGUUGCAUUGGAGAGAGUAUCGACACUAGAAGAACAACUGUCUUCAGCCAAUCAGGAGAUGACUGUACUGAGACAACAAACUGUGCAUACGCAAAGGAAAGCAGGAGCUAGUGAGCAUGCAGAAGAUAGACAAAUUUCAGACAGCAGUGAAUCUACUCAGAAGACAACGUGGAAGAGACUUUCAAAUGGAUCAAUUGAUCCCAACGAUGAGGUCAGCCAGGUUGUGGAGAUGCAGGAUUUACUGGAGAAACAGAACUUUGAGGUGACCCAGAUGAAAGAACGUCUGUCUGUACUAUCAGCACGUGUGGCAGAGCUGGAGGAAGAUCUGGACACUGCCAGGAAAGAUCUGAUCAGAUCAGAGGAAAUGAAUAACAAGUAUCAGCGAGACAUCAGAGAGGCAAUGGCACAGAAGGAGGAUAUGGAAGAAAGAAUCACAACACUUGAAAAGCGUUAUUUAGCUGCACAGAGAGAGUCCACGUCAGUGCACGAUCUUAAUGACAAACUUGAAAGUGAACUCGCGAAUAAGGAAUCUCUACACCGCCAGAGUGAAGAGAAGAAUCGACAUAUCCAGGAACUGUUGGAGCUGGCUGAGCAAAAGCUACAGCAGACAAUGAGGAAGGCUGAGACAUUGCCUGAGGUGGAGGCUGAACUUGCACAACGGGUCGCAGCUUUAACCAAGGCAGAAGAGAGGCAUGGGAGCAUAGAAGAGCGCUUAAGACAACUUGAGGGACAGUUGGAAGAAAAAAAUCAAGAACUAGCAAGGGCUCGCCAACGGGAAAAGAUGAACGAAGAGCAUAACAAACGUUUGUCAGACACAGUGGAUCGACUGCUCUCGGAAUCAAACGAAAGGCUCCAGCUCCACCUGAAGGAGCGAAUGGCUGCUCUGGAAGAAAAAAACACAUUAAUACAAGAAGUGGAAAGUACAAGAAAACAACUUGAGGAAUAUCAUCAGGACAAGGAGAGACUGGCCAAUGAAAUUGGCAAGCUAAGGGCAGAAGUGGAGCAGCUGAAACUGAGGACAGGAGCAUUUGCAGAAAGUGUGCAUCCACGGUCUCACCUGGGCAGUGCAACAGAUCUGAGGUACCCACACAGUUCUGUGGUAGAAACACCAUCUGAUCAUUACGGGACACCAAACGUGCUACGGCGAGCUCAGAAAGGGCGCUUCACACCUCUGCGGGAUGAAGCUACCAAGAUUCAAGCUCUAAAUGAGCAGGACUGGGAAUGUGCUCAGCAGGCAAGCAUGAUGACCAGUGUGACACACACCUUUGAAAGUGACCCAGAAAUGUCUGAUGUUGAUGACGAAGAUGGAGAGACCAUGUUCAGUUCAGCAGACCUGCUUUCACCUAGCGGACACUCAGACGCUCAAACCCUAGCCAUGAUGCUACAGGAGCAGCUUGACGCCAUCAAUAAAGAAAUCAGAAUGAUCCAAGAGGAGAAGGAGUCUACUGAGCAACGAGCUGAGGAGAUAGAGUGCCGUGUGGGUAGUGGAAGCAUGGAUGGGCUAAAUUUAACACGCAUUCGAACAGGCACCUCCAUUCCAACUUCCCUCACUGCCCUAUCUCUCGCCAGUUCUUCGCCACCUGUCAGUGGACGCUCCACACCUAAACUUACUCCACGCAGCUCUUCACAUGACCUGGACCGGAAGGGCAUCAUGACAUUGGAAGUCUUACCCAAACUGAAGCAAACCACACCAAUGUGGAAUCAAAUUUGGGUACCAGGUGGCAUAUUGGAUACAGAAAUGGGCAUCCAGGACUCCCUUACUCUUGGCAAACUUGGAACACAAGCAGAGAGGGACCGAAGGUUAAAGAAAAAGCAUGAACUGCUGGAGGAUGCUCGGAGAAAGGGCAUGCCAUUUGCACAAUGGGAUGGACCAACAGUAGUAUCAUGGUUAGAGCUGUGGGUGGGGAUGCCAGCCUGGUACGUAGCUGCCUGUCGAGCCAACGUGAAGAGUGGAGCUAUCAUGUCUGCCUUGUCUGACACAGAGAUACAGAGGGAGAUUGGAAUCAGCAAUCCACUUCAUCGAUUGAAACUCCGACUGGCAAUACAGGAGAUGGUGUCAUUAACAAGUCCAUCAGCACCACCCACAUCAAGAACGUCCUCUGGAAAUGUUUGGGUGACUCAUGAGGAAAUGGAAAACAUGGCGGCUUCAGCAAAAACGGAGAAUGAGGAAGGCAGUUGGGCUCAGACUUUGGCUUAUGGCGAUAUGAACCAUGAGUGGAUUGGUAAUGAAUGGCUUCCCAGCCUUGGGUUACCCCAGUAUCGCAGCUAUUUCAUGGAGUGCCUGGUAGAUGCACGAAUGCUUGACCACCUCACCAAGAAAGACCUGCGGAUGCAUCUGAAAAUGGUUGACAGCUUUCAUCGCACUUGUUUACAUUACGGCAUCAUGUGUUUGAAGAGAUUGAACUAUGACAGGAAGGAACUAGAGAGGAGGCGAGAAGAAAGCCAGCAUGAAAUUAAAGAUGUGUUGGUGUGGACUAACGACCAAGUCAUUCACUGGGUGCAGUCUAUUGGACUACGGGAAUAUGCCAACAACAUCGUCGAAAGUGGGGUGCAUGGUGCCUUGGUAGCCCUGGACGAAAAUUUUGAUUACAACAGUCUAGCUUUAUUGUUACAAAUACCCACACAAAAUACACAAGCAAGGCAGGUCUUGGAGCGUGAAUUCAACAACCUGUUGGCUUUAGGAACUGAGCGGAAGUUGGAUGAUGGUGAUGAUAAAAGUUUUAGGCGGGCACCAUCAUGGCGAAAGCGUUUUCGACCGCGAGAAAUCCAUGGUAUUACCAUGAUGCCAGGGUCUACAGAAACACUACCUGCAGGAUUCAGGGUUACAGCAAUGUCCAGCCCAGCUCCAUCAGUACAGCCGAAGAAAAUUCAACCAGAAGUUGGCACAUCAGGGACACAGAGGUUAGACACAUCAACAGUCCGCACUUACUCCUGCUGACAGCCAGGUCAGUCAGGGAGUCAGCAGUCAUUACCAUCCAUUCCCACUACCUGUAUGGACACAUGCUGGCUGCCUUUCGGGAAUAAUCCACUCCAUCUCUGUGAGAUCAACAAUGGAUGACAAAUGCUGCUGCACAGUAACUGGAAAGGCACAGAUGGUUCAGAUGUACAUUGACUAUAAAUGGGCAAUAGUUUACUACAGUUCGGAAACAAAAUCUUAAACUUAUCAUUUUAUUUAUCUAGUAAUGACUUCCUUUAUGAGAUUAUACUUUACAAAGCUGGUAGAAAAUUCUAGGGAUCCAUUUUUGAGCUAUUUUACUGUAAUAUUGUUCUGGUACAGUCAGUAGUAAGUUCUGUCAACUUUUAACCUCAAGUACCAUUGUGGUUUCAUUUGUUGUAGUAAAUUUUCUCAAGUGUAUCAUACCCGCCGUAUGUAACUGUAUGGCCAUGAAGUAAUGCAAGUUUUUUAUGUAAAUGUAUAUAAAACGCUGACUGUAACAGCAUUUUUUAGAUAAUUUAAUGGAAUUUGAAGUAUGUAGAUUCAACCUAAAUGCUGUCUUAAUCAUUGUUUCUGCCAUUUUUACCUUGCCAAUACCUUUUACAGGCAUCCUGUUCCAUUCAAUGAGGGCUUGUUUAUUUUAACAAAUGAAGUGUGCAAUUAUUUGUCUGCCAUAUUAACUGUAGCAUAACAUAUGACUGGAUGGCUUGAACCCUGAUUAGUUUUGGGUUGUUGUUGAAACAACUGAAGUGAAACAGACUUCUCCUGUGUACAUAAGCAUUGAAAAUCUCCGUUCAAUGGCAGUUUCCAGCUCUGGGAGACUCUCGCUUCACUGAACAUUUUAAAAUAAGAUAUAUUCAGAAUAGUCCUUCGAAAAGUAUUUAGCUCAGCCUUGUGUCUACACAAAGGGUUUGUUUCCUUUAUUUUUGCCUCAUGAAUCCCUGAGUCUUACAUAUUAAAUUGCGUGUCUUUUCAGUGCACUUUCCUCAAGUGCGUCCAGAACACUUUUCUCUGCUCCACAUCACCCCUUUUUUUCUGCCUAUACAUGAGGACCUGGUUACAAAGGAUAUUUUUAAAAAGUAUAAGUACAUUAGAAAUAUUGCAUUUUUAUGAAGCUGCAAAGCAGCACGGCAUUCAAAAGGUGUCAAAGCUGACCAUUCUAAUUUCUGAUGUGGUUGUCAUCACUGAUGUUAACGGAGCAAUUUUGAAGUGGACAGUUUCUAUUGCAAAAUGUUCUUUAAAUAUUCUGUAAGAUGUAUGGUUACAAAAAUACUUCGCAAUUUUUCAAGCGAUGCCUUGUAAUCUUUAAACAAGGUACCUCCUCUUGUGAUUUCCCACUUUUAAGUAUGGCCUCCAAAACUAGAAUCAGGGCAUUUUGCCUUUCCCCCUAUUUUUAAACUAAUGUGACAAUCUAAUUGUAGCUUAAGAGAAUAUUAUGAGGCAGACGCCCGUUGUUAAAGUGGCCAUGGCCAUUCUACGUAGGAUGCAAGGAACUGAUUACAUCAAGUUAGUAUCAAGUUAACACUUACUUCAGCUUGUCCAGUUAUUUCCUGAGGAAUUUAGCCAGGUUCCUUUCAAAGUGUGUUAAAGUGGCUAAGCACUGGGCACUUUCUAUUCCUCGAGUCUUUGUGACUGUUCCUUGAAAAAUAUCGAACGUUGAUAACUUAUAUGAGGAUUGCUUAAAUGUUGAUCAUGUUUUAUAAAUUCAUUUUUAAUAAAUUGAUACAUAGUCCAUCUAAGCCAAUGAAGGGUAUAUGGUUUUAAUUCAGCACUUUGUGGGGUGGUUAAAAUAAUUCUUGAACGUGAACUGUUUUGCAAUCACUAUAAUUAAAUAUUCACAGUAAAGAAUUUUAAUUCCCAAGUGCCACAAAGAAAAAUAUGCUAUAAUUUCUUCACAAAUCUUUUUUAAUGAGUUAAACAUUGUGCUGCAUGCGUAGAAUGAAUACAGGACCACAUACUGAACUGACACUGAGCUGUGACUAUGAAGGUCAGCAUUAUACAUUAAAGCCCAGAAAAAACAUGGAGUCAUAAAUACUUAUUUAAAUAACAGCUGCAAUGGUGUCACCCAAAGUUUUAUCAAAAUUGUUCAAUAAAUUUAGGAAAUGUUAUUGGCAUUUUCUAAAUUCAAUUUCCUUCUGCCUAAUAAAUUUAUGAACAGCCCCCACGUUAAGUUAUUUGCUCUCAGAAGCCAGCAUGAUUAAUAAAAAUGCAUGAAAUUCACUCUGUCUAAUCUUGGGAAAGCAAACAUGUUGAGUAGCUGGUAUCGUCCCUUCAUAUUUCAUAAUCAAAAUAAUUAAUCAAAAGGCUAGAUUUCCAAAGUUAUUAAAAUGUUUUAAAUUUGAUUGUUCUUAAAAUACUUUUUAAUUAUUUUGAACAAACAUUGUCUCUGCCUUAUUACAUUUCUCCCCUCUGAAAAUAUUAGUAU